AUGGCGACAAACGGCGCGACGAACGGCGCUGCCGCCGGGCCUUUCAGCACGCGUUUUUCCGAUAUCCCCUCGACCAUCGACAUCCCGGUCGGCGAUCAGCUCGACGAAGCUGUCGAAGUCAAUCUUGAUGACCUCAUUGACGAUCCAACCGAACUAUGCACGCUUCUCGAGAAUGAGGGCGCCGCCCGAACUUACUGGAUGACGGUAGCGAUGGCCUAUGCCAAGGAGAGCAAGAUCGACCACGCGAUUGAGAUGCUUAUUCGAGCCGGCCAGGGAAGCACCGCGUGUGCCCCCGAGGGUGUUUUGGUCGCGGAAGCCAAGACCAAGGAGUACUACCUACAGCUCGCCACCUCGUCCCUAAACGAUGCGUCGCGAAUUAACCCGGCGUUUCCUCCUCUAUUCCUAGCUCGUGGCGUUUUGCAGCUUCUGAAGGCAUCUCUUCAAGCCCCCUCCGCCUCUACGGGCCCCAAGGCUGUUGAUCCUGAACGGACCGAGCUGCUUCGACAGGCGCUCAAGUCAUUCGAGGACGCGCUGAGAGUUUCUCAAGGAAAGAACAUGCUUGGACUAAUGGGAAAAGCGCGUGCCCUCUACUCGAUGAAGAAGUACCCCGAGGCCCUUGUGGCGUACCAGGAGGUGCUUCGCAAGAUGCCCAAUCUCGUUGACCCGGAUCCUAGAAUCGGCAUCGGCUGCUGUCUCUGGCAGAGCGGCUACAAGGAUGACGCGAAGAUUGCGUGGGGGCGAUCUCUUGAGCUAAAUCCCAACAACAAGUUUUCCAACAUCCUCCUUGGUCUUUACUAUCUCGACUCCAGCGGCCAGCUUCCAACCAAUACUGGACAAAAAUCUGCCCCUCACUUGCGCCACUUUUGCGGGCUACUUCUUGUCCCGCAGAUCUUUGCAAACGUUGAAACUCUUGCGCACAAGGCAAUCCAGUAUACCGACGUCAACGCUGUCGCAAGUGACGGAUGGUAUCUACUUGCUAGGAAAGAGCACUACGAGGGUAGCAUCAACCAGGCGAGCGAUUUUUAUCGACGUGCAGAUGACGCGCGUGGUGGCACAGAAAGGGGUUACCUGCCCGCCAAGUUUGGCGCUGCGCAGCUUUCCGUGCUGCGGAACGACUUGGGCGAGGCGAAGUUGCAGUUGGAGAAAAUGAUCCAGCUUUCUAAAAACUAUGAAGCAACUAUUCUCCUCGGUACCCUUUACGCAGAAGAGGUCUUUGCCAAUCAAGCCGCCGAAGUAAAGGAUGACAAGUCGGCUGAGAUCACAAAAGCCAUUACCUUACUUGAGACAGUCCGCACUGCUUGGAAAGACCCCAAGAAAAACCUAAACCCGGAUGCUUCAGUCCUUCUUAACCUUGCCCGCCUCUAUGAGUCCGACCAGCCCGAAAAGGCCCUGCAGUGCCUCCAGCAAGUAGAGGAGCUAGAGGUCGCUCAGCUUCUUAACAACAUUGGUUGCUUCUACUCCCAAGCCGAGAAGCAUGAUCCUGCGAGCGAGAUGUUCGAGGCCGCCCUAGGCGCCUGUGUGCGUAUCGACGCAAAAGAUGAGAACGCUGAUACAGACUCCCUGAUUACCACGAUUAGCUACAAUCUCGGCCGCAGUUAUGAAUCGCGGGGGAUGAUGGAUCAAGCUAUCGAGGUUUACGAGCGGCUCUUGGCUCGCCACGACGACUAUAUCGAUGCCCGCACCCGCCUUGCCUACAUCAAGCUUCGCAAGAACCCCCAUAAGGAGGGCCCCGAUGCAGUCGCCAAGCUUUAUCAGGAAAAUAAUACCGAUCUCGAGGUUAGAGCGCUGUAUGGCUGGUAUCUUGGCAAGGUCACCAAGAAGAAGGCCGUCAACCUCAAUGAAGACCAAGAGUUUCGGCACUACAAGCACACUCUCCAGCAUUAUGAUAAGCAUGAUCGGUACGCACUUGUAGGCAUGGGCAACCUCUACCUUCAGCAGGCCCGAGAGAUGCGUCGCGAAACGGAGCUGGAGAAGCAGAAGCGGAGCGCCACCUACAGCAAGGCCGUCGAGUUUUUCGAAAAGGCUCUGUCUCUCGAUCCCAAGAACGCCUAUGCUGCCAUGGGAAUUGCCAUUGCGCUCGCCGAGGACAAGAAAGACUUGAAGAGCGCUCUAUCCAUCCUUGUCAAGGUUCGCGAAACAGUGAAGGACGCGCACGUUCAUGUCAACCUCGGCCAUAUCUAUGGCGAGCUACGCCAGUUUAGCAAGGCAAUUGAGCACUACGAGUCUGCCCUGUCCAAGGACGGCAAGGAAAACGACCCCGUCAUUCUCUCCUGCCUCGGGAGGACCUGGCUCAACAAGGGCAGGUCGGAUCGAGAUUUGGACGCCUACAAGUCAGCACUAGCGUGUGCUAAGAAGGCCCUUGAAGCUGCUCCCGAUCAAGUCCACUACAAAUUCAACGUCGCUUUCGUCCAGAUCCAGCUCGCGUCAACGAUCUACAACCUCUCCGAGAAGCAGCGGGCACUGGAACAGCUAGAAGAAGCGGCUGAAGGACUCGAGGCUGCCAUCAAGGCCCUCGACGAGAUCGCCACGCAUCCUCAUACCCCCUACCCCAAGCAUGAUGUCGAGCAGCGUGCCAACAUGGCGCGCAACACGCAGCGAAAACAACUGGAACGUGCCAUUGCCAACCAGAAGGAGUACGAGGAGAAGAACAAGGAGAAGCUCCAAGCAGCUCUCGAACAGAGGCAAACGGAACUGAAGAGGAGAGAAGAAGAGCGUCAAAAGCUUCUUGACGUGGAGCGUGAGAAGCAGGAGCGUAUUCGGAAGGAACGUGAGGCAAUCUCUGCCAAGGACGCGGAGCUAGCCCAAGCUAGACUCGAGCGUGAGAAGGCAAUCAUGGACGCGGAGAUGACUACGGACUCGGAGACGGGUGACAAGAUCAAGAGGAAGCGGAAGCCUGCUCCCCGCCCGACAAGCGAGGGUAAGCCCAAGCGAACGCCCAAGAAGAAGAAGGGGAGGGCCGAGCAAGGUAGCGGGUCCGAGGGCGAGGGUGAGAGGCCGGCAAAGAGGAGGAGAAGGCUCACCAAGGUGGAGAACUCCAAAUUCAAGUCGGCCGAAAUCAUUGUCGAUAGUGAUGAGUCUGGCGAUGACGACUACGGCGAGGACGACGCUCUCGAGAGAGCCGAGAGGAACCUCGAGAGAUCCUCCGCCCCCGCAUCUGAUGACGAAGAUGACCGUGACCGCAACCAGAGCGACGACGAGGAUAAGAUGGACGUUGACAACGGGAACAACAGGACGCGUGAUGAUGACGAGGAUGAUGAUGCUGAGGAGGUUACUCGGAGAUCAAGAGCGCGUCGUGGCCGCGUUGUUGACAGCGACGAGGAGGACGACGAGAAUGAAGGCGCGGGACAGUCAGACGAUGAUGCUAAGCCCGCUGCCAAAGAUACGAGCAUGGUAGACGCGGACGAUGAUGAAGACGACGAGUAG